AUGGGAUACAUAUGUGAUUUUUGUGGAGACCAGAGGUCGAUGGUGUACUGCCGAUCCGAUGCAGCGUGUUUAUGUUUGUCGUGUGAUCGAAAUGUUCAUUCAGCGAAUACGCUUGCUCGAAGGCAUUCAAGGACGCUUUUAUGUGAGAGAUGCAGUUCGCAGCCUGCUUUGGUCAGGUGUUCGGAAGAGAAAAUUUCACUUUGUCAGAAUUGUGACUGGUUAGGCCAUGGUAACUCGGCGUCUUCCAAUCAUAAGAGGCAAACAAUCAAUUGUUACUCGGGCUGUCCUUCGUCGGCGGAACUGUCUUCGAUAUGGUCUUUUGUGUUGGAUAUUCCUUCUUUAAGUGAAACUACGUGUGAGCAAGAACUUGGUUUCAUGAGUAUUAAUGAGAAUAGAAGUGCUUGGGUCGAUCCGAAAAACCAGAAUGCAUCUGACUCGGAUAAAGCUACUGAUCAGCCUGAUAUGGAUAAUUCUUUUGUCGGUACAUCUUCGAUGCCCGAAUCAAGCAAAGAACCAAACAUGAUCGACCGUCCCGAUGGACCUACCAAUGAACGUGCGCCAAAGUUAUACUGUCCUGCUACGAAAUGCCCUGAAAUUAGUGAAGAUGAUGAUGAUUUGUACGGCGAUUUCGAUAUGGAUGAAAUGGAUAUAAAUAUGGAGAACUAUGAUGAACUUUUUGGUAUGGCCCUCACUCAUUCUGAAGAACUUUUUGAAAAUGGUGGAUUUAACAGCUUAUUCAGAGCAAAAGCCAUGUCUGCUGGAGAUUCCAGUUGUCAAGAUGCUAUAGCUGCCGAGGGUUCAUCGAUCGGACAUGUCAAUGCAGCGCAGCCAGCAUGUAGCAAUGCAGCAUCUGCAGAUUCGAUAUUGAGUACUAAAACUGAGCCGAAUUUUUGUAUUACGACAAAGCAAUCCCAGUCAAGUCUUUCUUUUUCUGGUAUUAAUGAAGAUGGUAGUGCCGGAGAUUAUCAAGAUUGUGGAGCUUCUUCAAUGUUUCUCAUGGGAGAACCUCCUUGGUUAAACACUUGUCCAGAGAAUGAGCUGCAGCUACAAUCUGCUAACCGCUGCAGUGCUGUUAUGCGAUACAAGGAAAAGAAGAAGACACGCAAGUUUGACAAAAGAGUGAGGUAUGCAUCUCGCAAGGAAAGGGCUGAUGUACGAAGACGCGUGAAGGGCCGGUUUGUCAAAGCUGGCGAGGCCUAUGAUUAUGAUCCUUUGAGCCAAACCAGAAGCUACUGA